AUGAUGGACUUAAAAGGCGCAUCGGCCAACCGCGUGGUUCUCAUCCUCGUUAUAAUGACCCUCCACUCCUUCGGCGAAGGCUCGGGAGUCGGUGUCUCCUUCGCCGGCCCUCGCGGCCUGUCGCAGGGGCUGCUGGUAACCAUCGCCAUCGCCGUGCACAACGUCCCCGAAGGCCUCGCGAUGACUCUCGUCAUGGUCGCGCGCGGCGUGCGACCGCGCAACGCCAUGCUCUGGAGCGUCUUCACGAGCCUCCCACAACCACUGGUCGCCGUCCCCGCGUUUCUCGGCGCCAACACCUUCACCCAGUUCCUCCCGCUCUGCAUGGGCUUCGCAGCAGGGUGCAUGAUAUGGAUAGUUUUCGGCGAGGUUCUCCCGGAGUGCAUUAAAGAGGGCGCUAACUCCUCCCACGUCGCCUCAGCUGCUACUCUCUCCGUCGCGUUCAUGGAAGCGCUAGGAACUUUCCUCGAAGGCGUGGACGCGCCUGAAAGCUGGCACCGCUUAGUACCGAUUGCUUGGGCGCUGCUGUUCUUCCUGGGGCCGCUCAUAGGGUCCGUUCUCCCGCUUCUCCUCUCCCAUUCGCUCCCUGCCCCUGUCUCGCCGCCUCUGCUAUCCGGGCUAGCGGGAGGGGCGCUGCUCGGUUUGGCGCUGUGGCAGCCGGUGCAGCUGCUGGUAACCGGGCAAAUGGAGGUGCUGCCGCUGCUAUCAGUGUUUUACGUGGGCUGUGUGCUGCAUUACUUUUGUGCCAGUAUGGGGCGGGGCUUGGCGGAUGGGUGUGUGGGCAACGCGCAGCAGAAAUUGCAGGGCGGUUUCAGUGACGUUCAGUAUAGUCACGGGCUGCAGCAGUGGACUGGGGACGGGGAUGAGAAGGAGGUGCGCAAGCCGAGCCUGCAGUUGAGCUACGGGAUCCGAGCCUCUGUGCUGGUCUGUGUUGCUGUGUCGGGCCAUGCUUUCGCCGAGGGGCUUCUGCUGGGGCAGAAAGCAGCGCCAGGAGGAGAGCUGGGAGGAGAAUCAGGAGCAAGUGGACUAGGAGGUGGGGGAGUAGGAGAGAUUGGGAUGCGCAUGCUUCUUCCAGCAGCCAUUCACGGUGUGCCGCGUGGCAUUGCUGCAGCAGCUGCUGCACUAGGUUCGUUCUCCAUCACCCGCUCCACCCCAGAGCUUCCCCUAGCAGCUGUUCCCUUAGCACUCGCAUCUGCGGCUGUAGCAGGGCUGGCUGGGCCCGUCGGGGCUGUAGCGUCGUUCUUUUUGCUUCAUAGUUUCGGAAAGACGAGUGGUUGUGGGGGCGGUGUUGGGAAUCAUGCUUGUGGUGGUGAGUUUCAUGGGGAAGAGAACGAUAUGCGCGCACUCGAGUUACUCGCCACUGUAACGGGGGUGAACGCGGUGUCGACGGGAAUCAGCAAGGCGUGUAAGCACUACGCGGAUCUGCACGAACGGGAGAAGAUUGAGUCGAUGCGCAAGGCAGGGAAACGUCCAGAAGACGUGAUAUUUGCAGCCCUUCAGCGGCUGCUUCACCUGGAAAUGGCGGGUUAUCACCACGAAGUGGCUGCGGUUUCGCAAAAGAUCGCCAGCAAGCUGGGCACAGCAGACGACAGGAGCAGCGUGGAGCAUCAGACGCUGCAGGCACUCAGCCGGACCCUGGUGGAAGCAUGUCGUCAGCAUGGCAUGGACGUGACGCCAUCAGUGAAAGGCGGGAGGCUGGGGUUUCAGGGUCUUGAGGAUUUUCUGAACUCAUCGCGAAUGGGAACUGACCACUAUGAUUGCGACAAGCUGGUUACUGACCUGUAUUUCGCCUUCCUGUUCGCUCAAGAUAUUGCUCAAGGCAACAUCCAACGCAUUGAAGCAGCUUUUAACGAAGCAGUGGAGAGGCUUAUAUCAGGACCGGCUCGAGACUGCCUGUCACCUGUAUCCCCCCUGAGCCCAGCGUCCACUGGAAGCGCACCUUCUCCUGGCAAAAGCGUUGGAGGAUUUUCCUCUGGCUGCGUCCGUGCUGCGUCUGCCAACGACCUCCCUGCUUACGCUCGUCCAGACGCUUUCAAACUGCCCCAGGCCCCUCCGAAACCUACGUCCUUCUUUUCCGCCACGACCACUACCAGCAGCAGCAGCAGCAGCAGCAGUAAUGGGGGGAAAUGGGGAUCGUCACCCUCACCAGCGAGUGGGCAGGCAGGGAACAAGCCAGCACCUCUCGUGGGCAUUGGAACAGAAGAUGAUAAGACUUGA